CGGCUGACAGGAUUUUCUAACCGCUUCCACUUUCUUUCUGCCGUCACGCGCAUUGACUGACUUUUAACCUGGUUUUGUUUCUGCACCGGGACCGGUUCGUGUUCCUUCCUGCAUUCAGGUGUCGCGCUCUGUUUACUGUUGGAGCGGUUUGGACUUAAAAGAACUGAUUAAACCUGCAGGUGGACGUGUGGCGCUUUGUGGCCCCUGGACGCUCCGCUAUGGCGCGCUUGUUUUUGCGGUGUUUCCUGCUGUUUGUUUCGACGCAGGCGGCCCCCUCUUUUGGAGACUUCGAGCUGAAGAUCGACUCCUUCACCAACUCCAGCGGCGUCUGCAGCUUCCAGCCCCGGGACUGCCAGAUCUUUUUCCGCUUGUGCCUCAAGCACGUCAACAACCCGAUGUCUCCGUGCACGUACGGCACCGCGCUCACUGAGAUCUUCGGCGCUGACCCAGGCUCCAUCUCCGCGAGCGCGCCCAUCAGGGUGCCAUUGCAAUUCAAGUGGUCGGGAACUUUCUUUAUGAUCGUUGAAGCCUGGAAGGCAGAACCUGCGGGGUUGGAGUCCACAGAGAACCAGAACAACCUGAUCAGCCGGAUGGCGCUCCACCACAGCCUGGCUCUGAGGGAGGAAUGGUCCAGGGAAGAAUACUCCGACAACCACAGCAAUCUGCGCUUCUCCUAUCGCGUAGUCUGCAACAGGUUUUACCACGGAGAGGGAUGCUCCGCCUACUGCCGGCCUCGCAACGACACCUUCGGCCACUUUGACUGCGACAGCGAGGGGAACCGGCGCUGCCUGGAGGGCUGGAGGGGCGAGUACUGCUCCGACCCCAUCUGUGCAGCAGGGUGCAGCGAGCAGCACGGCUUCUGCGAGUCUCCGGGGGAGUGCGUGUGCCGACAGGGCUGGCGUGGCGAGCGCUGCGACGAGUGCGACCGCCAUCCCGGCUGCCUCCACGGGACCUGCCAGCAGCCCUGGCAGUGCAACUGCAAGGAGGGCUGGGGAGGCCUGUACUGCGACCAAGACCUGAACUACUGCACCAACCACAAGCCGUGCCAGAACGGAGCCUCGUGCACCAACACCGGCGAGGGCAGCUACACCUGCACCUGCCGACCCGGGUACUCUGGGAAAAACUGCGAGAUCGAGACCAAUGAGUGCGACAGCAACCCCUGCAGGAACGGAGGCAGCUGCAAAGAUUUGGAGAAUGAUUAUUCCUGCGCGUGCCCUCAGGGCUUCUACGGGAAGAACUGUGAGGUCAGCGCUAUGACGUGUGCAGAUGGUCCGUGUUUUAACGGAGGGAUGUGCAUGGAGAAAGACACCGGUGGGUACAGCUGCCAAUGCCCGGCCGGUUACAUGGGCUCCAACUGCGAGAAGAGGAUCGACAGAUGCAACAGCAACCCCUGUGCUAACGGUGCGCAGUGUUUGGACCACGGUAAGCGAAUCACAUGCCGCUGUCAGCCGGGUUUCACCGGCUCCCGCUGCGAGACCAACAUCGAUGACUGCGCCAGCAAGCCCUGCCACAACGCCGGCACCUGCAUGGACGGCAUCAAUGACUUCACCUGCACGUGCACCCUGGGCUUCACCAGCAAGGACUGCUCCAGGCGCACCAGUCACUGCGACCAGUUUCCCUGCAGCAAUGGUGGAACAUGCUACACCCACUUUACCGGGCCCGUGUGCCAAUGCCCGCCGGACUACAUGGGCGCUCGCUGUGAGUACUUCAUUGACAGGCCAACUAUAAAACCUCCAGACAACGAAGACGUUUCUCCGGCGCUGAUUGCAGCUGUCGCGCUCGGCUUGGUAACUCUGACACUGCUCAUCUGCGCCGCCAUCCACAUCCUCCGUCAGCUCUGCCGGGGCAGGGCGAUGACGGCCAUUUCCACAUCCGUGAAGAAUGAUCUGGAGACGGUGAACAACCGGAACGCCGUGAUCGGUGGGGGAGGACCCAACAACGGGAACUUACCUGGAGCGCCGCUUGGCAGCUUGAGGGAGAAGGAGGCCUUCCUAAUCUCUGGAGGUCACCUUAAAGUGUCCAAUAAGGAUGCAGCGCUGGUGGAGAAGGGUAGCGACAACAUGUCCAUGUUUAAAAACAAAAUGGCAGACUGUAAUCUGAUGAAUGAGGAGCAGCGCCUGGAAAAGAAGAAGUUUGACCUUAAGAAAUGUGACUCAUCCAUCAUCGCCCCUCCUCUCAGUUUUGCAAAGGACAGUCUGUAUCACCCGGUGUUCAUCAUCCCAGAGCAGAUGGAGCAGUGUGUGUUUGCCACGGAGGUAUAACCUUGAGUUCUCAGACCGCCAGCGGAGGAAUUUUUACGCUGAAGGCCUGAAACUUUUCUGUCCAGGACAGUACACCCAGAGGACCUAUUCUACACACAAGUCUUUAUUUAAUAUUUAUUACUGCUGCUCAACUGAAAGAAACAAAAACAAAGGACUUUUAUUCUCCUUUGAUACUAACAAUGUUCUUCGACAAUGAUAGAAAAGAAGAAAAACUGAAUGUCCCGCAUCAUUUGCACUAUUUAUCUUUUUUAUAUUAUAACUCCUAAUAUAAUUUUCUGGCCAUCUGUAUUAGCUUAUCAUUCUUGUAUCUGACUUGAACAGAAGACAUGAAUUGGCCACCAAUCAGAAAGCCAGGUGCCUUAGCUGCGCUCCCGAAUCAUUGGGGCAACCCCUACCAGUAGUAGUAGACUAUAAGGUGUCAAUCAAAUCAUUGUGAUAAUGGGAGAGAAAACAGUUUAUUUCAGGUUAAAAAUAAAAAAAAAACUAUGCUUUGCCACGACUGAUUUGGCUGCACAUUGAUAUGGGGAGUUUGUGAGACCCUCUAUCACUGUGCCGUCCAUGUUGUCUUAUUUGUUUAGUUUUACUGAAAUGAAAAACCACGUUGUGGCCUAUUGGAAGAACAAUAUCGGAUUUACAAUCAUCAUCCAAGCCUUUACUUUGAAGUGCCUAUUAGAAAAACAGCUGAAGGGCUUAAAGCCAGCAUUCAAAACAAGCUGAAGUCACUCCUCCUGGACCACAGCUAGCUUUUUAAUCUCUAACGCAUCUUCAAAUCUUUUCUUUAAAGCCCAGAAAUCCCAUCAAAUCCACCACACACAAGCCUUCUUAGUACUGAAUGACCCUAACACAUAAAACUUCCCAGUUUCUAUCUCUGAUCUGAGUCCUAGUUCUAGUCAGAGACUGUACAAUCCUUCACCUCGUGAGCUGAUAAUCUAUAAAGUGAUGAUGAUUCUAUGAUGUUGAAGCUGUCCCCCCCUUUGUCUUCCUGUGACUGCACCUGUCUUCUCCCACAACUGUCCUAAGUUGUAAAAAGUAUUUUUGUAUGAAUCAAAUAUGAAAAAACGUGUCUUUUAUGCUGCCUUUUCCCCAGUUUACCUGCUGCAGUCCGAGCAAGUAAACCCCUGGAAACACCUGCAAUUCAAUGUAUGCUAAGAGUGUGAAAAACAACAGCUAUGAGUGGUUCUUUUGUAUAUUUAAAAGAAGAAAAAAUAUCCACCACUAUCACAGUGAAGUGCUCCAAAGAGAGUUUUUAUUCCUUCUUUUUCUUAAUAUUCCAUUUGAUACCAAAAAUAUGUGUCAUUCUUGUGUAGUCAUGCUUUUGUACUAUCUUCAUUAAUUUAAACAAUGCAAUGUGUACAUAUCCUCCAGAAGACAGUUUUCCUAUUUAAUUUAGUCUUUUGUAAAUAAUUUUGUAUUUAUGGAAGAAAAUUGUAAAUAUUUUCUUGUUAUUGUGCCCCAUGUUUCUGAAUCAAGGAUCAUAUAUUUUUCAUAAAUGAAUUAGAAAAUAAGUUGAAUUUUGUUUUUUGUUGUUUUUUUUGUUUGUUUGUUUGUUUUUUUCGUUAUUUCUUUUUUGGAUGAGUGGGGUCUCAGGCAAAAACAGAGCCUUUCAUAUCUGGAAAACUGGUCCAGGAAUGUCCAGUUCUGCCUUUUUUCCAUGUCAGAAUUAAGCUUUUCAUCAUCUGCGGAUCACCUUCAGAUGAAAUCCAUGAACUGAAUUUUAAUUCUGAUCUGGAAGUGAAAUUAAGUCCAGAUUCCAAUUUUCAGCGGCUGCUGGAGGUCAGUUUGAUUGGCUGUCACAAAAUGCUGAUCGAGGCUAAAAGAAUUCGUACUGAUGAUCAUAAUGUUAAAAAUAUUGUAGUUCUUUUUAGUAUUGUCUCUUUGUGGUAAAUGAAUUGCACUGAAAACAAACUGGGAAAUCUGUAAUCAUGAUUAUGAAAAACGGCAGACAGUAAUACUGCAGGUUUAAUUGUGUUAUCAUAUAUGCAUUUUACAUCAGAAGAAUAUUUAACCUGUGAACCUGUGAAUGGAUGAUUGCUGACCAUUUAUUUUGCAUCAUUUUUAGGACCCACCAUCUAAUUUCAGCCCCAAACAUACAAAUAACAUGGUCCGACUCUGCGGUGACGACACUACUGAUGACAUUAGAAAUCAUUAAAAUAACAAUGAUGCAUUCAACUUUUUUGUCAUUGUUCAGAUUUUAAGUUUCCAUAAAAUAUAUUGACAUAUUUACUAUUAAAAGUGAGACUAAUUAGGGUGGACGACUUUAGCCCUCUCUGCUCUGAUUGGCCAGCUUCAGUGGCUUGAUCAGGUAUGAUAGCUGGAAAAAAAUAUUUAUUCAAAUAUUUAUCAUAUAAGAAAUUAACAAUAAUUAUGUUAUUGCAAUAUAAAAAUAUAUUAUCAGACCUUUAUUUUUAUAUUUUUAGGGAGGGGGAUUGGGGGGUUGUUCUGUAAAUAUGGCUUUAAAUCAAUUUGUUGACAGUAGUAUAACAAUUUUGUCAUUUCAGAUCAAAUAUCAUGUGUAAGGGAUAAUGCCCAACUAGGUGUCCAUUGUCACAAAUUAAGGGCAUUAUCCCGCUUAUACCGUGGUCACUUACAAAAGAAAAAAAUAUUUAAUAAAUUUUUUAAUGCGUUAAUGUUUUUUUACUGUUUUUCACAAGAAGUGGCUGAGGGGACUAUUUUGUUGUGACGCGUUGCCAAGGUAACCGGCUCCAACACAGAACCUGCAGCUCGGUCAGCUGCAGCUGUUGUAUGGCUACGGAAGAUAUGGACUAAUCCACCAUAGCUGCUUUAAUUUCAUGACCUAAAACUCAGCAGGGGACACACAUAGCAUGUUUAGUAUUAACACAGAGGUACCUCCAUUUUUAAACAAGCAUCAGGUCCAAUAUUUUGACUGGCCGAUACUGAGAUAUAAAUUCUAGAAUAUCGAUACGCCCAUCCCUAUUAAGACCUCAACUCAACGACACAUAUAUGACCAAGAAUCACAUAAUUAACCCCCACCACACAUGCACACACAACUUCCUUCACAUAUAUGAAAACCAUUCAAAUCCCAAAAUAUUCAGUUUAUUAAGUAAAUUCCUGCCGACAUUCAUUUCAUCCAUCCAUCCAUCCAUCCAUUAUCUUGACCGCUUAUUCCAUUUCGGGUCGCGGGUGAGCUG